GGCAAAUCCAAAUCUAUCUAUACCACGUCAUCUAUGUUAUGACGAGGCAGUUGGGCAAUCUUAUCUUUUCAAAUUGCUCGAAUCCAAUCUGGCCGUUUAUACUGGAAGAAACAAAAGCAGUAAGCUUAUUGAAUGCUGCGCUGUCAGUGGAGGCGCCGAUCGGCAAUGCGACCGAUCCCUCAGAUAUGGUUGGCCCGGGUUCCAGCCGACUCGCCGGCGCCAACAAAUCCAGGCACCGCCUACAGUAUUCAACUGGCCGCCCAAAAUCUCCAAGCGCCCAGCUUCCAACCACCGAGUUUUGCUCUUGACCACGGCGCUUUUCGUCUACGCUGCGUCGCUCGUGUCCCAAAUCGCUGCAUCGAGGGUAUUCGAAACUCCAAAGAAUCUGCGUCUCUAAAUAAAUUGCAAAAAUGUCGAUUCCUAUGACGCAAUUGGGCAGUCGCGCCUUCCAUCAUGAGGAGAACCCCGAAGUAGAGCGCGAGUACGACCGCCUUCGCGAUAUGGCCCGCGCUGAAGCACAGAAGCGUGGCGAUUGCUUCGAACGUUCGAAGCGCGCGUACGAGGAUGGCGACGGCGCCAGAGCGAAGGAAUUGUCCAACCAGGGCAAGGCCCACGAUGCCAAGAUGAAGGAAUACAACCACCAGGCUUCCGACUACAUCUUCCGGGAGAACAACGCCCCCGGCCGUGUCGACGCCGACAGCAUCGACCUGCACGGCCAAUUCAUCGAAGAGGCGGAGCGCAUUCUCGAACAGCGCAUCCGCGCGGAUCAGGCUCGGGGCCAGACGCACUUGCACGCUAUUGUCGGCAAGGGCAACCACUCGGCCAACCACGUUCAGAAGCUCAAGCCCAAGGUGGAGGAACUAUGUCGCGAGCUGGGACUCCAGUAUAGCACAGAGGAGAAUUCUGGAAGGAUAUACAUCAAUCUCCAGGGCGGAGAGCCUGUUCCGCCGCAGCAUGGCGGAUACGGCGACGGCUACCAAGACCAAGGGUACCAGCCGCAUCACGGACAACAGCAGCAGCAUGGUGGUCAGCAUCGGCCUCCACACCAGCAGCAGCAGCACCACCAGCAGCAGCAACAGCAACAGCAGGAGGACGAGUUCGGCGAUGGUCUGCUUCCACUUCUCCUGCGCAAGCUGGAAAAGGCUUGCUGUACGGUUAUGUAAAGUGGAUCUUGGGGACGACGACUAUAUUAAUGCGACGGUGCUGCUAAAUUUUGAUAUGCGAGUGGCAUUUAAGGCUAUUUUUUCUGCUUCAAGCAAUUUUUCCUUUUGGAUAUGCACAUAUACCACAUGGCGUUUUAGUCAUAUCUGGACGAAUAUGAUAAAUUUUGGAUAACGGAGCCAAAUGAGUAUUAAGAGAA